AUAAGAGAAGAGGCGAGCCGAGUCGAGUCGCACCAGCCACCCAUUGCAACCCUAACACAUAUAACGCACCCUCGCAAAUAAUUGCUCCUUUCGUUUCAUCAUCACUCCCAUCCUUCUCCUGUUCUUGUUAUUUUUCGUAUCUUGCUUCCACCAUUGCUAGCUGAUCUCCAUAAAUCUCACUUUUCUCAAUUCAUAUCAUCAUCAUAUACCACCAAUUCGGCAUCGGAAAGGUUCUUCAAGGUGGUGCUUUUAGUUUCUACUGGUGAUUUUGGACUAGUUUAUUUGUCGAAAUAAUAUUAGACUGAUGGGAAGAAAGAAGCCGGCUGCUCGGGAGGAGGAUGGGGUUGUGGGUGGGGGCAAGUCGAGAAAGAAAGCUGUAGUAAUUGACGAUGAUGAGUAUUCUUUUGGAACGGAAUUAUCUGAGGAGAAACCAGUUCAGGAAGAAGAGCAUGUUGCGCCAGUUGCUGGUAAGAAAAAGGGUAAGAAGGGUAAUCAGAAGAAUUUGCGUGUAAAUGAUGAUGAAGAAGAUGUUGAGGAUGAUCAGGAGAUUCAGUUUACUGGGAAGAAGAAACCAAGUUCGAAGGCGAAAAAGGGUGGGAACUCGUUUGCUGCCUCGGGUUUUGCAUUACUUGGUGAUGAAGAUGAUGAAACUUCUGAUGUAACUAAGGACGAAGAAGAUGAUGUUAGUGAGGAAGAGGAUGCUAGCGUCGUCUUUAGUGGGAAGAAGAAGUCAUCGAAGUCGAAAAAGGGUGGUAGUUUGUUUACUGGUUCUGCAUUUGAUGCAAUUGGGGAUGAUGAUGGGGAUUUAGUAGACAAUUCAGGAUCGAAACAACAAUCUGAGGAUGAAGAUGACGAGCCAAUUAUUUCUUUUACGGGGAAGAAGAAAUCAUCCAAAUCUAAUAAGAAACCCAGCGGUAGUAUCUUUUCAGCGUCACACUUUGAUGGGCUUGAUGAGGGAGAGAAUGAGAAAGGAAGUGAUGUGGAUGACCAAGAUGAUGCGCCCGUUACCUUCUCGGGUAAGAAGAAGUCUACCAAGUCGUCAAAGAAGAAAAACAGUCCAUCUGAUAUUGCAUUAACUGGUGGAGGGACAGAUGAAGAAGUCUCGGUUUCUGGAUUAAGUAUUGAUGAUGUUGCCGAUCGCGAUGAAGAUUCUUCAAUAAAGUUUUCUGGGAAAAAGAAGCCAUCCAAGAAGAAAAAUAGCAACACUGUUGAUGCAGCUGAUGAACAUGAACAGCCUAGUACUAGCAUUACUAGCAAAGAAGCUGAUGUCCCAGAAACUUCCAAAAAUAAAAAGAAGAAAAAGAAGGGUGGAAGAACAGCCCAAGAAGAGGAUGAUCUUGAUAAAAUUCUUGCCGAACUUGGUGAAACUCCUGCUCCUGCUCCUGCUACUGUACAACAGCCACAAGAGGAGAAGGUUCAACCUCAGGCGGAACCUGCCACAGUAGCAGAUGAAGGUGGUGAAAAGGAUGCAAAUGAAGAGACUGUAGAGUCUGCAGCAGCAAAAAAGAAGAAAAAGAAGAAGGAAAAGGAAAAAGAGAAGAAGGCUGCGGGAGGAAAGACAACUGCAGCCCCUGCUGUAGAAGAAAAACAAGCAGAAUCAAAGAGUAAGGUACCUGAUAAGAAGGUCCCAAAACAUGUUAGAGAGAUGCAGGAGAGACUUGCCAGGCUUAAGGAAGCAGAGGAAAAAAAGAAGAGGGAAGAAGAGGAAAAGCUAAGGAAGGAAGAAGAGGAGCGUCAGAGGCAAGAAGAACUUGAAAGGAUCGCUGAAGAGAAAAAGCGAUUGAAGAAGGAAAGAGAAAAGGAAAAGAUGUUAAAGAAGAAACAAGAAGGGAAACUAUUGACAGCAAAGCAGAAGGAAGAAGCCCGCCGAUUGGAGGCAAUGAGAAAUCAAAUACUUGCAAAUGCUGGUGGUUUGCCUCUACCAACUGGAGACACUAGUCGUGCACAAACAAAACGGCCCAAGUACCAAACAAAGAAGUCAAAGUCACAUCCCCAGGCGAACGGCAAAGCUUCUUCCACCAAGGCUACUGAAAUUACUGAAGCAAGGGACAACCAGGAGGACAAUGUCUCAGAGUUGGGUUCUGUAGAAGCAGAGAAGGCUGAUGAUGUGGACAUGGAAAAUAUGGAGGCUCCGGCAGUUGAAGAAAAUGGGAACAAAGAAGAUGAGGAGGAAGAUGAUGAAUGGGAUGCAAAGAGUUGGGAUGAUGCCGAUCUCAAAUUGCCAGGUAUAAGUGCAUUUGCUGAUGAGGAGGAAGUUACUGAAGCUGAACCUAAACAUAAACUCGAACCUGUACCUGUAGUUAAAAAGGAGAUUAAGAGUGCUUCUAAUAGUUCAGUGGUUCCUCAUCUGACCAAGGAAUUGCAUCAAAAUCUUGAGAGCAAGGAAAUUCCGCCUGCAACAGUCGUUGCAAACAAAGGUAAACAACAAGAUGUUAAGGGUAAAAAGGAAGAGAAGAAGGAAGAAGAGGGUGAAAAGACACUCCGAUCCCCAAUUUGCUGCAUUAUGGGUCACGUCGAUACUGGGAAAACCAAGUUGCUUGACUGUAUUCGGAGGACUAAUGUUCAGGAAGGUGAGGCUGGAGGAAUCACCCAACAAAUUGGUGCCACUUACAUUCCGGCUGAGAACAUUCGUGAAAGAACGAAAGAGUUGAAAGCUGAUGCAAAGCUCAAUGUCCCUGGGCUAUUGGUUAUUGAUACACCUGGGCACGAGUCCUUCAAGAACCUGAGGUCUCGAGGUUCUGGCUUAUGUGAUAUCGCCAUUUUGGUUGUUGACAUUAUGCAUGGUUUAGAACCUCAAACCAUUGAAUCACUAAAUCUAUUGAGAAUGAGGAACACAGAGUUUAUUGUGGCCCUGAAUAAGGUUGACAAAUUAUAUGGGUGGAAAACUUGCCGUAAUGCACCGAUUGGGAAGGCAAUGAAGCUACAAUCCAAGGACGUUCAGCUUGAAUUCGAGCAUAGAGUCACUCAGGUAAUUACAGAAUUUAAGGAGCAAGGAUUGAAUACCGAAUUGUACAACAAGAAUAAAGACAGGGGAGAAACUUAUAGUAUUGUGCCUACAAGUGCUAUCAGUGGGGAAGGCAUACCUGAAAUGUUACUACUACUUGUCCAGUGGGCUCAGAAGACGAUGGUAGAAAAACUUACAUACAGCAGUGAAAUUCAGUGUACGGUGUUGGAGGUUAAAGUCAUAGAAGGCCUUGGAACAACCAUUGAUGUGGUAUUGGUUAACGGUGUGCUUCAUGAAGGAGAUGAGAUCGUUGUUUGUGGCUUUCAGGGUCCAAUCCAUACUUCAAUCCGAUCAUUGUUGACUCCCCAUCCAAUGAAGGAACUCCGAGUGAAGGGAGCCUACAUUCAUCACAAAGAAAUCAAAGCUGCACAAGGGAUCAAAAUUACUGCACAGAAUCUUGAGCAUGCGGUGGCUGGGACCGCCCUAUAUGUGGUAGGGCCUGAUGAUGAUGUGGAAGAAAUCAAGGAAUCAGUCAUGGACGAUAUGAGGAAUGUUAUGAAUAGGAUUGAUAAAAGCGGUGAAGGAGUUUACGUUCAAGCAUCUACUCUUGGAUCAUUGGAGGCAUUGCUGGAGUUUCUAAAGACUCCAGCAGUAAGCAUACCUGUUAGUGGUAUAGGUAUAGGUCCCGUUCAUAAGAAGGAUGUCAUGAAGGCUAGUGUCAUGCUAGAGAAGAGAAAGGAGUUUGCAACAAUCUUAGCUUUUGAUGUCAAAGUGACCCCAGAGGCCCGGGAGCUGGCAGACGACCUUGGCGUCAAGAUUUUCAUAGCUGAUAUCAUUUACCACUUGUUUGAUCAAUUUAAGGCUUAUAUGGAUAAUCUAAAGGAAGAAAAGAAGAAGGAAGCUGCUGAAGAUGCAGUAUUUCCAUGUGUUCUCAAAAUCAUGCCAAACUGCGUGUUCAACAAAAAAGAUCCAAUUAUUCUGGGGGUGGAUGUUCUUGAGGGUAUUCUUAAGAUCGGAACUCCAAUUUGCAUUCCUCAGAGGGAAUUCAUUGAUAUUGGACGGAUCUCUUCCAUCGAGAAUAACCACAAGCCAGUCAGUUAUGCCAAGAAAGGACAGAAGGUGGCUAUCAAGAUAACGGGAAGCAACGCUGAGGAGCAACAAAAAAUGUUUGGGAGGCAUUUUGAGAUGGAGGAUGAGCUCGUCAGUCGUAUCUCGAGGAACUCAAUUGACAUACUCAAAACAAAUUAUCGGGACGAGUUGUCCAACGAAGAAUGGAGGCUGGUUGUCAAACUGAAAAACCUCUUCAAGAUACAAUGAGUUUUGUGUUUCCUGCAUGCUUUUGGUUUUCCGAUAAGGCGUGGUUGCGGCAGCAGCUUCACAUAAACAGAGAGAAGUUUAACUUAAAAACGACAAUGUGAUGACGUUCUUCUCCAUGAUGGUGAAAAAGCCCGAAUCUCAGAAACAGGUUUGCGAGAAUUUUGUGUCUCUCGAUUUGUUGUGUUACAAGUAAUAUUUAUGAGAGCGCUGUGUUUAAAAAUCCGAAGGAUUCGAGUUUUUUUGCGAUGGAAAACUUGUUUUGGAUUUUGAAAUCUUUGGUGGUUUUGGUCUUAAUUGAAUAGAUAGUUAAUUUCAGGACAAAAAGACUUCUACAUGAGGUAAUGGUGUUUUAAAACAUGUAUUUUGAGGGUGCAUUUGAUACCUAGACAUGAUACGACAGGAAAUAACAAAAACAUGUCUUACAUUUGGUGAGA